AUGUUGACAUCUAAAGUUGCAAGAAAUAAAACGAUAAAUACGUUUUUAAAAAAUGAUAGAUAUAUAAUUAAAACUAGUACACCGAUAUCGAAUAACUAUGUUCAAAAUUAUCAAUAUAGACAAUUUUCAACAAAACCACAACAGUAUACUGUUCACCCUAUCCAUUCAAAUUCAUCUUUAAAUUAUCAAUCUUACAAAUAUGGUCAAAUAACACCUAAACCACUUAAUCAAUUUCAAACCAGACUUUUCCAUUCAUCACACAAAAGACAAUUACAAAUGCAAAAAGAAGAAGAAGAUAAUAGACCUGCUUUAGAAAAAUAUGGAACUGAUAUAACUCAAUUAGCUAAAGAUGGUAAAUUAGAUCCAGUAAUAGGUCGUGAUGAAGAAGUUAAAAGAACAAUACAAAUAUUAUCAAGAAAAACUAAAAAUAAUGCUUGUUUAGUUGGUAAACCUGGUGUUGGUAAAUCAGCUAUAUUAGAAUCAUUAGCUCAAAGAAUAGUGAAUGGUGAAGUACCAGAUUCAAUGAAAGGUAAAAGAGUCAUUUCAUUAGAUUUAGCUGGAAUUGUAAGUGGAUCUAAAUAUAGAGGUGAUUUUGAAAGUAAAUUUAGAGAAAUAAUGAAAGGAAUUGAAGAUGCUAAUGGUGAAAUUAUUCCAUUUGUUGAUGAAUUUCAUACUAUUUUAUCAUUAGGUAAAAGUGAAGGUAGUAUGGAUGCAAGUAAUAUGUUAAAACCUGCAUUAGCUAGAGGUCAAUUAUCAAUGAUUGGGGCUACUACUACUGAUGAAUAUAGAAAAUAUAUUGAAAAAGAUCAAGCUUUAGCUAGAAGAUUUUCAGCUGUUUUAGUGACUGAACCAACUGUUGAAGAUACAAUUUCAAUUUUGAGAGGAUUAAAAGAAAAAUAUGAAGUUCAUCAUGGUGUAAGAAUAUUAGAUUCUGCAUUAGUUUCAGCUGCAACUUUAUCUAAUAGAUAUAUUACAGAAAGAUUUUUACCAGAUAAAGCAAUUGAUUUAGUUGAUGAAGCAAGUUCAACUUUAAGAUUACAACAUGAAUCAAAACCUGAUGCUAUAUCUACUUUAGAUCGUCAAAUUAUGACAACAGAAAUUGAACUAGAAUCUUUAAAAAAAGAAGAUGAUCCUAUUUCAAAAGAUAGAAAAGAAAAAUUAGAAGAACAAUUAACUAUAAAGAAAAAAGAUCUUCAAGAUUUAACUGAUAAAUGGAAUACUGAAAAAAAAGCAAUUGAUGAUGUAAAAGCUGCAAAAGCAAAAUUAGAACAAGCUAAAUAUGAAUUAGAAACAGCUCAAAGAGAAGGUGAUUAUGCAAAAGCUUCAAGAAUACAAUAUGCAGAAAUACCAGAAUUACAAACAAAAGUUAUAGAAUUUACAAAAUCAGAAGAAGCUGUAAAAUCAUCAAAUUUAUUACAUGAUUCAGUAACAUCAGAUGAUAUUGCAUCAGUUAUUUCAAAAAUGACUGGAAUUCCAUUGAAUAGUUUAUUAAAAGGUGAAAAAGAUAAAUUAUUAGAUAUGGAAGCUACUUUAGAAGCAGAAGUUGUUGGACAACAAGAAGCUAUACAUGCAGUUUCAGAUGCUGUAAGAUUACAUCGUGCUGGAUUAACUGAUCAAAAUAAACCAAUUGCUUCAUUUGUAUUUUUAGGAAGUACAGGUACUGGUAAAACUCUUUUAACAAAAGCUUUAGCUAAAUGGUUAUUUAAUGAUCCAAAUUCAGUUAUUAGAUUUGAUAUGAGUGAAUUUCAAGAAAAACAUUCAGUUUCAAGAUUGAUAUCUGCACCUCCUGGAUAUGUUGGAUAUGAAGAAGGUGGAGAAUUAACAGAAGCAGUUAGAAGAAGACCUUAUAGUAUUGUUUUAUUUGAUGAAGUUGAAAAAGCUCAUCCAGAUAUUGUUAAAAUUUUAUUACAAGUUUUAGAUGAAGGGUCUUUAACUGAUACUCAUGGUGUUAAAGUUAGUUUUAAAAAUACUAUAAUUGUUAUGACAUCAAAUUUAGGUCAAGAAAUUUUAUUAGCUGAUUCAAGUGCAAAAGAUGAUGGUAAAAUAAGUCCAGUUGUUAAAACUGAAGUUAUUGAUGCAUUAAAACGUCAUUAUCCACCUGAAUUUUUAAAUAGAAUUGAAGAUAUAAUUGUUUUUAAUAGAUUAUCAAAAAAAUCAUUAAGAGAAAUAUUAGAAAUAAGAUUAAAUGAAAUUGAUGAUAGAUUAUUAGAUAAAAGAAUUGAAUUAAAAUUAACUCAACCAGCAAAAGAUUUAUUAAUUGAACAAGGUUAUAGUCCUGUUUAUGGUGCAAGACCUCUUAAUAGAGUUUUACAAAAAAAUUUAUUAAAUCCUUUAGCAAGAUUAGUGUUAUCUGGACAAAUUCAAAAUAAUGAAAUUGCAAAAGUUGAAGUUAGAAAUAAAGAAAUUUAUGUUGUACCAAAUCAUUCUGAAGAAUCAGUUGUAAAAGAAGAAGAAGAAUAUUGGCAAAAAAAAGAUAAAGAAGAUGAAGAUAAAAAGAAAAAGUAG